AUGCCGCAUUUGUCGGUUGGUCAGGCGCAGAUCGUCGAGUUCGCUACCUUGUCUCGGCAAAGUUGGCAAGCAAACCUUGACCGUUUCGCAGUGAGAAAACCACGCCCCGAGAAUCCCAUCUAUUACUUCCCUUUCCGGUCGCCAGCAUACUCUGAGAACUCUAAUCAAUCCCUGAACGAUGUCCCAAGGAUUGAGACAGAGCCCCGAGUUUGUUUCCAACCAGGGCGCAAGCAGGCGUGGCAGGGCGCGAACGAAGACAACGAUUUUGACAAGCAACAGGGGUCUCUCAAAUCUUUAGCCGACCCAUUCAACGCUCGCUUCUCUAACUCCUCAGUGCCCUGCAGGGGAUUCCCACUGUGCAGUCCGAGUUUCUCGAGAUGGACAAGUGUCAGGGGAACAGGCUCCCUUAGCUUGACAGCCCCGAGGUACUCAGAGCACUUGUCACUUUUUGCUCAGUCGCCCUGA